AUGGCCAUUGAAGGUGUUUGGUGGAAGGAGGGAGCCACUAACUUGAACGGAGAGUGCGAUGAAGGAGUUACAAAUCCUAGGGGCUCAGCGGCCGUCCUGGGAAUCGUGAAUAGGAAUAACAAACAAAGGGGUGAGUGUGAAAGCGUUGCAUUGGACCGGUCGCCGGCGCCUCGCUCGCCACGCCAGGCUGCCAGAACAAGAACGAGUCGGCAUUCUGCAACGGCGACAUUGGGAAGUGGAUUUGCUGGCGGGGAAGCUAAGGACUCCUUUGGAGAAAAGAAAUUCAAUCAUAAAUUCAGCAAAAAAAUUACGUUAAUUGCUGUUGUUCUUAUGAAACCUGAGAGGCUGAGACAGAUUUCUAAAAAUUAG